CCCACUGUCCCACGCAUGGCACCCAUGUCGCUCGGGAUGAACACCGCUGUGCUCAGGGCACGCGGUGGGGGCGGCGCGGGCUCAGGUCCCCUGCCCUUCAGCGUCGAGUCACUGCUGGAGGCAGAGCGCGGGCCAGACUCCGAGCCCACAGAGCCAGGGGAGGAGAGGCCGCUAGGCGCCGCAGAGACCCGGGCCUGGGUCCCGCCUGCUGCCCUGGCGUGCCCCCUACGAACCCCCAGCCCCGCACCCUGCAUCCUCCGAAAACACAAGAACAACCGCAAGCCGCGGACGCCCUUCACUACCUCGCAGCUGCUGGCGCUGGAGCGCAAGUUCCACCAGAAACAGUACUUGUCCAUCGCUGAGCGCGCCGAGUUCUCCAGCAGCCUGAGCCUCACCGACACGCAGGUGAAGAUCUGGUUUCAGAACCGUAGGGCUAAGGCCAAGCGGCUGCAGGAGGCCGAGCUGGAGAAGCUGAAGCUGGCGGCCAAGCCCUCGCUGCCCUCUUUCGCCCUGCCCUUCCCUCUGGGCGCCCCGCUGCCUGGCUCGGGUGCAUUCGGUGGCCCCGCAGGAGCCCUUCCCCAGGUGUCCGGGCUCCUCGCAGGGCCAGCCACGGCCUACAGUGUGUACUACCUGACUUAG